UUCUCCCCCUCGCAUCAUCAAGCACUUUUAAACACAUAGCUCUAUCACACUAACUAUAAUGUCGUCAAGUUUGAGACGCCUGGUCAAGCUUGGUCUCACUCCCAUGGAGCAGCACAAUCUCGAAACCAAAAAGAAGGAGCAACAGAAACACAAGAAGCGGUUGGUACAAGCUAGAAAAGAAACUCUCCAGGAGUUGAAUAUCCACGGAUUUUUGAACCUGUUAAGGCGAUUGCGGCAGGAAAAUGGUUUGGAAGAAACAGAACAGGGUGAUAGAAGGUCGCUACGGAGAUUGGAAAAGGCUGAGUUAGAUCUCAAGUUUAUGAUCCAAAACGGCUUAUUCAAAGAGGAAAUUGAGGCCUUUGUCAAGAAAAAUGACAAUUCUGUCAAGGAAAAAAUGGUGAAGGAUACUGACUCCAAGCUCCUAGGCUCAAACUCUAUUUAUUAUAACCCGGAGCUCAACCCAUUAGGCCAGAUUCCCACACUUGCCGACAGCAGGCUGUUCAAACUUACCCAUGUUCCGCCAAACCUUUCUGCGCCUCUCUCUACAAAUCACUUUAGAUUUAAAAAGUACGAGAUAGAUGCUGACAUCCUCGCGAACCCUAUUCCCAUGCCCGAGGAUUCCUCCAACCCUCCAAGGUUCUACAAGAUAGACGCCAGGUAUUUGGACAACGUCGAUGGCGCAGCCACCCAAGUGGAGUACAUUGGUAGCGAAGUGGUGAAUGCCGAUAAGGUCAAGAGAUUCGUUCCGGCCAGUAUGCGAAAGAAGAAUACCCAUUACCCGGUGGUAAGCGCCUCCGAUACCUCAGAACAUCCACCCACCAGUACUGGCAUUGCUCUCGAGUCUAGGUUUGACUCGGACGACGAAGAGAAGGCAGAGUUGUACAAGCCGGUCAAAAGAAACCAUAUAGAUCAGACAUUAUAUGCCUCAGAGGAGGAGAAAUAUUUAAAUAGGAAUAUAUAACCCAGCGAACAUGUGUGUCUGUCAGAUCAGUCAUGGAUCUCUCCGUGCACCGGGCUAGUGGGUGUUACUGCACGUGAUGGCCAUAUUAGGCAAUACAUACCUCUUUGGGAUGUUUCUUCGCGAACCAAUGAUAUCGAGCUCUAUGCGCGAGCCCGACACCUCCUUUUUUCUCUUAGUAUGCGAACGUGAAAAUUACGCCCAAUGCGUGUUAUUAGCGUAUAUCAAAACCGCCAAAUCC